AAGAGAAAGGUGAAAGCUGUGUUUAAAUGCAACACACAUAAAUCCCUUUCGACUCCCGUCUCGUCACAACAUAUUGUAUUUUGUUUGUAACACAAUAGUUAAGUUUUAAACAACUAUUCACAUUUAAUUUCCACUUGCACAACAUGGAGCUAUUGCCGCUUCUUAGCUUAUGGUUUUGUUCUGCCUGGGGUUAUGCUCCCCUUCACGAGCCGGGAGUUGGAGGUAUGUACAACGAUGCAGCAUUCAUCCAGGACUUGAUGGAAAGGAUCAACCGUGAUAUGGAACCUGCUGAACCUGCAUAUCUAGAUUUUGGAAGCAAAAUGGACCAUUCGGGAUUAUCCAUUGUGCCCGGACGAGCAAUCAAGGACUCGGAAUUUCUUGAUGAGAAUGAUUACGACACGCUGUUGGGACCUAGUGGACAUCCAUCCAUCAGAGAUCAAGAGUACUUGCAGCACAGCACAUUAUAUGGCCACAAACUAGGAGCAGCUGGAGCUGGGGCCUUGAAUGUCAAAGGUCAGCAGGUCCCCACGGAGGUGAAGUCGGACACGGUUCUCCCUGCUUAUUGCGAUCCACCAAACCCAUGUCCAGUUGGUUACACGGCUGAAGACGGAUGUCUUGAGAUGUUUGAAAAUACGGCAGCUUACAGCAGGGCCUAUCAAGGGAGCCAAGAUUGUAUGUGUGAUACGGAGCACAUGUUUGACUGUCAUGCUGCACAGGAAUCUGAUGAUGAGUCUGAUAUGAAUAAUUUGGGCCAAUCUUCAUUCUUAGCCGACAUGCAGAUGGACGGACAACACAAGAGUCUUGUGGCCAAGAAGUUUUAUAACCAUAAAGCACCGGAACAGACGUUGAGUCGAUUGAAUGAGAUGGCUCGAAAUGCGGCUGCUGCUGCUGCCCACGACUCUGGCAUCAAACUGGAAGAGAAUCCAUAUCUUCAAGGAGAAAAGCUGCCUGUAGCAGCCAAAAAAGGCCACCACUCCCAAAAUUAAAUACGGACGUGAUCCUGGGGCUCAUCCAUCUAAAAGCCCAAAACAAAAUGGACAACAAUACUAAAAUUAGAAUGAGUAAAGAGAAGUUGGCGAUUACAUAUUUAUGUACAUUCGCUUGAUGAAGAAAUGGUAAAUGCGUGAACACAAUUUAACCUAAUUAAUUGACUAAAUACAGAAGGUUUGUUGAGUUAAAAAUGACUAAAUUUCUACAUUUGAAAUAUGACUAGAUUGUGAAGUUUAUUUUCAUUAUUUCAAUUUUUAACAGUGUCACAAAUAUGUAGUGUUAUACAAAAUGCAUACAUUACUGAACACAAAAUUUACAAUUAUUGUAUCAAAGAACUAAACGUUCUAUGAAUUAUUUAAAGCUAACAUGUUCAUAAUUUUUUGUUAAGUUUUCGAUAAAAUUUAUAAUUGUCUAAAUUUUUUGCUAAUACUAAUAUCAUAAAAAUUAGUUUAUUUUAAAUUGUCAUUCCCGUGUCAUUUAAAGAAAUCGUAUUCGAAAAAAAUCUUUAUAUAUGUACAUUACUUAUACAGAUAGAUGAAAUAUAUGUUAUAAUUUAUUGUUGUAAUAUAUUUUUAUGUUCUAUCCGGCAUAAAAUCAAUAAAUGUACCUGCAUAAUUGGCACAAUC